AUGGGCUGUUCAAUCUGCUUGGACGAGUUCGAUCAGGCGGAUGGUGAAGGCAAGAGGGCUUGCGCUCUUCGCUGCGGCCAUAUCUUCCACCAUGACUGUCUCCAGACGUGGUUCUACGGUGCCGCAGCAGCUUCCGCGCACCGGCCCGAUGUACAACACAAGCGAUGUCCUCUUUGUGCGUGCCCUGCCAUGCCCGAUGCUAUCUUCAAGCUCUAUCCCUCGGACGGCGACGACCUCGACACGUACCUCUCGGGUCGGCAUCAGUGGGAGUGGGCCGGACUCGAUGAUGAUCACACCGAAGAGGAUCGCAAGUGGCACAAGAAGCUGCUCGAAGACCUCGUCGACUUCAACAGCGCCGUUCAACGAUAUGUCAUGGCAACCCACGGCGUCGACUGCGACAGAAUGGUCAGGUCCGGCGUCAAGAUCCGCAAGCUUGUGGUCGACCUCACCAAGGAUCGGGGACCCGACCUCGAAGACUCGCUCAUGAGGUCCCUCGCCUCCCUCGAACAAGCAGCCAACGCGUUCCGUGGAAAGUUCCACGACCUCGAACGCAAAUGCAUCAAGAACAGGGUGCUCGAAGUCGAUCUGGUCAGGAAGCAGGAAGCAGCCAGAACGGAGCAGGAACGGCUCGACACCUCUGCACGUGAAGCACGAGCAAAGAAGUUCGAGAUCGAUCGAAAGAUGCGCGCAGCAAACGAGCGCAUGGAUGCCGCCGUCGCGUUGGAGAGGAAGCUCGAAGACAAGGGCAACGAACUUGCAGCACAGCAGAGAAGCCUCUUUCAACAAGGACAAGAGCUUCUAGGUCAAAAACGCAACAUGGAGCUGCAGACUUCACUCAAGAUCACCAACAUGCAGAGCCAGAACAAUUCCGCCUUGACUGCGAUGCGAAGAGAGGUAGAUGCAGCCACCAAAAAGGCUGCAGACGCGGAAGAGGCGAGGAAGGCGGCGCACAGCAAGAGCUGUCACCUCGCCGAGCAGAUGGAAAAGAUGAAGCAGCUUCUCAAGAGUCGCAAGAAAGACGCAGGACCGAGCCUGAGAACAGCUUCUACCGAGGAAUUGGAGGCGAAGGAACGCAGGAUUCGGGCCCUAGAGCUACAGAUCAAAAGCAAGGACGACCUAUUGAAGAAGGCAGGACUUUCGGCGACACCUCAACGUCGCGCCGCCGGGUCCUCGAGCCGCUUGUCCUCGGCUACGUUCGUCGACCUCACACGCUCUAGCAGCCCUUUCGACCAGGACACGGACAGCUUCCCCACAACGCCACUCGACGGCGUCAACCUAGCCUCUCGUGCAUCGACUCCGGCUUACGGCGUGCCCGAGUCUUCCCCGACGAUCCAACGCAAAGACAAGGGCAAGAAGCGGGUCCGCGUGAGCCUCUCGGUCGAACCAGAGAGACUCGAUGACACCUCGGACGACGAAUACUUCCCGAUGCCCGGCUUGGUGAUGCCCAAAAAGGUACGUCAGGAUACCAGCAAGGCCAACUCGCCGCACGACCAACCCGAGGCUCGUCGGGGUAGGGAUGAAGCAAAGACCCCUGAGCCGACCAGCAAGCCGUCGUCAACCUUCGCGAGCACAAAAUCUCCCCUAGUACCCCGUGUGGCGCCACAAGCCUCGGCCUCGACGUCGGACAUCACGGUCAACAUCGCCGCCAAGAGCCCUUCGCACAAGGACGGCAAACCGGGCAAGAAACGCAAGCGAACUCCAACCCCAUCGACAACCAGCGUGAUAGAUAUGGACAUGGCUGCCGGUAGCAGCAGCAUCGACAUGAUUGCCCGCGAAACCAGCGCCGGAGCCAUGCUUCCUUUUUUGGCGAGUGCUAGCGGCAGCAAGCAGAAGACAAUGAAGGACAAGAAGCACCUUACAAACUACGACUGGAUCAAAGACCCCAAAGGUAAAAAGUAUGGUCCUAAGCAUCGUCCGAAAGCGUCAUGA